AUGCCGAAGCCUGCCACUUGGACCGAGCGCGAGUUUUCAAAGGUGUUGGAGGCUGAGCAGAAGCGCAUUCUGGAUUUAGCGCGUGCGCAACAUGACGCCUUCGAGCAGUCCUUGCAUCUGUCGUUUGCAAAGAUCUGGAAAUUCGACACCGCGAAGGGUGGUGUGCGGGUGACUGAGAUGGCAAGGCAGCAGGAAGAGUACUCGGUCCAGGCUGAUUUACCGCGCGCCGGACCCACCCUGGCACUCACCUGGGACACUGCCGAUGAAGCGCCAAGCGCGGCAAAGUCCGAUAAUGCCUCUGACGCAGCUUCUGCGCCGGAACCUAUUUCGCCUCCACACAGCCCCGGGUCAGGAUCAACUCUUCAGCGAUCGGACUCAAAAUUGAAGAAGUCCAAGACAAAGAGACAUGCAGAGGAGCUUCUGGGACUGCAGACGUUGGUCAGCCACACGAAGGAGUACAUCGAUUUCGUAGCUGGCGUUCUGGUCCUCUUGAAUUCCUGCGUUAUGUUGGCUGAGCUGGAAGCCGAAGGACUCGCCUACGGAGCACAGCUUGGCCUUGGCAGAGGCCCCUCCCUGGAGGAGGUGCAGCCCAUAUUCCAGUCUCUAGACACAGCCUUUGUUUUCAUCUUCCUGAUCGAGCUGCUGUUCCGUGUGGCUAUUGAGCGAUGGGACUUCUUGCGAGAUCCGGCGAACUGGUUCGAUGCUGCUUUGGUCCUCCUGGGCCUGGCAGACUUACUAAUUUUUGUGCAGCUGGCAGGAGGCUCUGAUGCGCAGAACAUCAUCUUGCUUCGUUUGGUCCGAGUCCUUAAGUCGGUCCGGGCCAUCCGGAUGCUGCGGACUUUCCGCUUCCUCAAAGGCUUGCGAUUCUUGGUGAAGGCAUGCCAGUGCUUCCUGCCGUCUCUAGCCUGGUCGAUGCUUCUGCUCUUCGUCUUCAUGUGCAUGGGCACGCUCGUGCUCGGCAACUUGCUUCGAGAUUUCAUCGUCGAUGAGACAGCCAACAUGAACGACCGUUUGUGGGUUUGGGAUCGAUAUGGGACUGCCUCCCGGGCCAUGUACACGUUCUACGAGAUACUUGGCGAAGAGUACGUUCAACCUGUCGCAAAUUGA